GAAGAAAUGCUAGCGAAGAAGGCACCCGGAGCCGGAAGUACAUAUCCAUUGAGUCCAUGUGCUGUUAACUAGUUCAUUCAUUUCUGAAACGACAACUUUUGCAACAUUUAAUGCAGUUGUUUUCUACAGAAAAUGCAUGUUGUAACAUAGGGUAGAUUAUAAUAUUCUGUAAAUACGGGAACGCGGUUGUCUCUCCGGACAGGCACUAUUGCUACUGUAGCUAGCUUACACAGAUACGGUUGUUUUGGAAAAAAAUCCCAUUAAUAUCUAGUAAUAAUUGUCAGAGCGUUGUCUGGAUGAGCAGUGCCGUGAAUACUAGUAUGGUAAAGGAAAACCGGUGGAACAUACCCCCUAACGCCCCAGCGUGCAUGGAGAAGCAUCUGUGUUCGGCGCAAUACAGAGCAGAUGGCACCCUGCUGCUUGGUGCCUCCAGCCUCUCUGGUAGGAGCUGGCAGGGAUCUGUGUGGAUCUACAGCGACCCUAAGCAGGCCCCAAAUGAGGGAUUCUGCAAAGCUGGUGUGCAGACAGAGGCUGGAGUCACAGAUGUCAAAUGGGUUUCUGAGAAGCGUGUCGUUGUUGCAUCUGACUCUGGUGCCUUGGAGCUGUGGGAACUGGCAGAGGAUGAACGGCUGCUCAUGCAUCGCUUUACCAAACAUGAGCAUGACAACAUUGUCACCACCGUGAGCCCCAUGAGUGGAGCAAGCAGUGCUGUCACAGGCAGCAUGGACUGCCGAAUAAAAAUAUGGGAUCUCAGUGAGGAGACCAUUGUUACUACCUACAAUGUGCACACAGAGCCGAUCACUUGCGUUGCCUGCAGUCCUACAGACGAGUCCCUCUUCAUCUCCUGUGGUGAAGAUGGCCGGGUUCUCCUGUGGGACAGCAGAAAACCAAGCAAACCAGCUUCAAGAAUAAAUGUGGAGUCCCCCAUCUGCUCACCCACCACGGUAGCUUGGCACCCCAACCACCGAAGCACUGUUGCUUUUGGCGAUGAGCUAGGAAGAGUCACCGUGAAGGAUAUUCUGGGAACAGAUCCAGGCCAAAUGGAGGCUGUCCACAGUCGCAGGGUUAAUGCUCUCGCCUUCUCCACGCAUAGUGUGAGCUUGCUGGCUUCCGUCAGUGACGACUGCACCCUUGCUGUUAUGAACUCUGAACUGCAAGAAAUAUUUAGAGACCAGCGACACCAGGACUUUGUCAAAGGAGUGUCCUGGCUCUCAGGAGGCUCUAAUACCCUCACGACUGUAGGCUGGGAUCAUCUUGUGCUUCACCACACUGUGGAUCCAUCUGCUGGACCCUCCAACUGCUCUUAGAUCCACCCAGUGUUGAAGGAGCAUAAUUGAGAGUUACCCGUUCCUUGUUUUUGAGGGAUUUGUCUAAAAUUCUAUCACUUGGUAUGUAUAGAUAAAAGUGUUAGUCAUUCUGUACCAUCAGUUUAUCCACAAUUGAACUUUGUUUUCCUUCUUUUGGUGCAACACUACUCUACAGCAGCCUCUCUGUCCCAUACUUUCAUGCGAAAUAAAAUUUUCUUAUGAAUGUAAUUAAAUUUAAGGCAACACA